AUGUCACAAACCAUUGGGCUGACAAAACACUCCUACACCCGCGUCUGGCACCACAUCUCGGCCUCGAAGCCGCAUCCCACCCUCUCCACACAGCCGAAUGUCACCCCGCCGUCGCUGGGCCGCCUGGCCUCGCGCAUCGCCACCAUCCUGAUGGGCAAGCACAAGCCGACCUGGAACCCGUCGACCGACUGCGGCGACUACGUCGUCGUGACCAACUGCGCCGCCCUGCACGUCACCGGCCGCAAGAUGUGGCAGAAGACGUACUACCGCCACAACACCAAGCCCGGCUCCCUGCAGAGUGUCACCAUGGACGUGCUGAUGUCCAAGUUCGGCGGCGCCGAGGUCCUGCGCAAGGCCGUCAGCGGCAUGCUGCCCAAGAACCGCCUGCGCGACAAGAGGCUGGCCCGCAUGAAGGCCUUCGAGGGCGACGCCCACCCGUACCAGAAGAACAUCAUACACUUUGGCGGCGUCAAGGUGGGCCAGGAUGGCUGGCAGGAGGCCGUCAAGGCCAUCAGGGAAGCAGACAUGAAGAAGUUAUAG